GUAUAGUACUUCACAUGAAAAAACGAAAACAUCGACAAAUCUCAAAAAUGGUCUAUCUUUGUGUGCUUUUCUUUCCGAAAAAUUGUCUCGGGACACCUCAGACUUAAUUUUCCGGGCCCCAGCGAGAGGGACAUACCAACCAACCUCACUUUAAAAUGAUUUAAAAAGAGCCAACUAAACAAGGACUUUAAAAAGGUGCAUGACAGACAGGGCAGACAACCAGUAUAGCCUGUUGCCAACCAGUUGGUUUGGAUCAUUAUUUAACAUUCUCUCUUUAAGUUUCUAUGACUUACAUGUGUUCUGUCCAGGGGAGAAGACAGAGAUGGUAGAUAACAUGUAGGGUCAUAGUAAGGACAUUUCAAAAGGUCAAUGAUCAAAGAGAGGGGGGAGAAUCUGGAGGGUAGAGUGUGGGAGAAUAUAUAAAGCCAAGCAAAGUCAAAGAGCAGGGAAGAAAGGACAAUGGGAGCUCCAGAAAGAAACAGGACCAGAAUGACGGCCAAACUGUCCACAGAGGAACCAAAGAAAAUGAAGAUUCAUGGAAGUGAAGCGAAGGCAGAGAGUGAAGUGUCUGGGCUAGGGGAGGAUGAAGAAAGUCAAAAUAUGAACAAGGAAAGCAAAAUACAUAUGAUUAGAAACAAAGCUCUGAAAAGGUGUAACAGUGGAGAGGGGCCACAACGAUCUGUGAAAAAGGGAGAGAAAGCCAAAGAUGUUAAAGAUGGUACCACUGAUCAACAGGAGGACUGCUCACAUAUCCAAGGUACAUGGGAAGCCAGCAACACCGUGUGUGAGUCCGAUACCCUGUGUGAUCCAGCCGUCCUCGUUGCAGCCACCAACUCAGAGCCCCACAUUCGCAACCGUCGCUUGUCUCCUGGCUCAGGCAACUGCGGAGGGGGUGGGGGUGGAGGCUGCAUCUCUGGCAGUGACCAACAGCCCCGGCAGCUUUCACCUGAAGGCGACCUGAUCGUCCCCGGCCACGCACACACCUUCAGCUACCGCAGGGACAGAGACCGCAAGGGCCACCAGCACAAAGGCCGCAGCCUUCGCAGGGAAAGUCAGAAGGCAGUCAGCCGAGCAAGCGAGCGGCCCCAAAAGGUUCACCAAAAGGAGAGGUGGGUGGAGGACAGUCUGUCGCUGCUCAAGCCCCCGCCUGCCUUCCCAGUGCAGGACAGCCCCGCCAAGCUGCAGCCGGCCGUCAGCUACGCCUCCAAAGUGAAGGCGGGAGCAGCAAGCGGAGGGCUGGAGGAGGAGCGCCCUGCCAUCGGCGUGCUGCUACAGAACCAGUGGGGUCUCAGCUUCAUCAGCGAGGCGAGGCCCACCACAGAGGGCCCUGGCCCUCGCCCCGCUGCCAACGCCCUCCCUCCUCAGCCUACAGAUGCUCAGCAGGCAGCAGAGCUACAGUUUGAGUCAGUUCUCACAGUCCAGCCUCCGGGGGAAACGCCUGUCCCAGUCGCACGCCCAGAGGGGGACGAGAGCAACGGGAAGCUGCUGCUUAGUUGUCGCCAUCUAGUGGAGGCUUUGAACUAUCACAGUAGAGAGUGGAAUGCCAUCUGUAACAAACAGAAAAAAGUUCCAAAAAAGGUUGUCUGGUACAAGGAGGCCCAGGAGCACCCAGCCUAGCAGUGUGAGAAACCCAAAGCAUAUAUAAAACACACACACACACCUACAUGCACAUUAAAACACGUAAAGAUGGACAAAUUUAAGAGUCCCGCUCUCACACACUGCACUCAGGAUGAUGUCUUCACACAAAGCCACACUGAGACACUUUGGACUAACUCCUUUGAGAUCUUACUGCAAUGGACUUUUUUAACGCCUUACAGGAAGCCUGCCUUAAUUAAUCAGACCUGUUUUCAUCGCCUCUCAUUACCAUUUUUAUCUUGUAUGUGUAGAGCUGGUCUUUUUAAAAAACAAUCAGGAGCUGUAAUUUAAUUUUCCCCCCUUUUUGAAAGCUACCGUUUAUCACCUUUUUUUGUCCUCUGUAAAGAGAGUGGUCAAACAAGCACUUUGUUAUAAAAUCUGUUGUGACCAAUUCCUGUGUGCAAGAAAUCCUCACCAGAGUGAUUUAUCCCCCCCUAGAUUAAAAACAUAAUGUCUUGUACCUGCUUGAGUUUUAUGGUUCAUGUAUGCAGAGGACUUGUGUAUCUGUGUCUUCAGUUUACAGAGGGGGUGUAGUCAAAGGCACCCUUUACCCAUCAGAUCUUAAUGCUGUGUCCUUUUUGUUUUUUAUUUGAUUUCCUAAUCGGGUGAAUGUUACUCAUGAAUCCAUAAGGAGUCUCACCAUGUUCAGUAUGUUGAUUUUUGAAAGAAAAUGUAUUGAAUAAAUAAAAUUUACACUGGAGAAAGAGGAGGAAUGUAAGUGAACAGUAUUGCUUAAUAAAAUGAAUAAACUUGACAUGUUCCAUCUUAA